CCUCUCUUACACCAGCAGAGGGCUAAAUAGUCACUGAAAGUGUGAUCACUCAUUCAGUCCUCACUCUCUGCUCCUACAGUUAGGAUCCCACAGCGCAGACUCUUGAUUCUUUGGAUUUGUGGUGUGAAAAGAAGAACAGCUUUGGAUGAGCGGAACUGCCUUCUCGCCUCGUCAUGUGAGACUGCUGGAUCAUUGGGAUGCAAAAAAUGUUGUGGAGGUAGAUCAUCUUAAAACCUGGUUUCGGCUUAAACUUCUGAAAACUUAAAAGAGAAGAAGAUGAUCCUGGCACCUUGUUGGAAAAGUCUGCAGGUGUGUUUACUCCUUCUGUUGGUUGGGCAGCUACAAUUGGUGGAUGUUCCAGGCAGAGUAACCGCACCAGGUCAGCUGAACGCUCCCGUGGGACAACCCUUCACCCUGACUUGCACCAUUUCCAGGGAUAAAAGUGAAGUCGUAAAGCAGAUACGCUGGCUGGACGUGCAGAACCAGACCUUGCUGGAAUAUCAGCCGGGAAACAAGGACAGUGUGAGUGGACAGCAGCAUGUAGAACUUGCUCCGUCACCAAAGGACGUCUCGACGAUCACAAUCCACAGGGUGAGCUUCCGCGAUGAAGGCUGCUACACCUGCAUAUUUGACCUGCAACGCUCUGGGUCAAAGCAGGGACAGACAUGCCUCACCGUCAUAGCCCAAGUCACUUCAGAGAGAAACAAAACAGCGGUGAGUGGGAAGAAGGCCUCUCUGUCGUGCUCCUACGCCCUGCCUGAAAAGGUGCAGCAGGUUGUCUGGCGACACACGUCUGCACAAGGUGAAUCCACAGACGUCGCAUCGUUUGCAAAGCGGAGCGACCCCAUGAUUGAGCCGCAGUACCAGGGAAGGGUGUGGCUCACAGCCUCACUGUCAGACAGUCAGCUCACCAUCCAGCCUGUUGCCAUCAAAGAUGAAGGCUGCUACACCUGCCUGUACGAAACACACCUCGAUGGACCAAAGAGCUCCACCGUUUGCCUCUCUACGUAUGUCCUUCCAAAACCUCAAGUGAGCUACAAGACCACCUCCCCAGGUGUGAUUGAAGCCAACUGCACCUCUGUGUCUCGGCCGCCUGUAGAGAUUGUGUGGAACGUGGAGACGGACAACCGCACUAUUGGCGCUCCGCUGAACACGCAGGUUCUCCAGGAGGAUGGGACCACCCUGACCGUCAGCACGCUGACUGUUCGGUCCGGGCUACUCAAAGAUGUGUCCGUCAAAUGCUUGGUGCAUCACAAAGGACUCGAGACGCCAAUUGCUGUAUCCAUGAACACGAAGAUUGGCACAGCUCUGACCAUCCUCAUCUCUGUCACCACGGUAGCGGCUCUGCUGGUCAUGUCCCUCUGCUUCUGCCUUUGGAAAUGUUUUCUGCGCAAAGAAAAUGAUUAAUCUUCCAGAAGCCGCACAGAACCUGCUGAGGAAGAUAAUUUCCCCGUGCAUCGUCAUCAUCCCGAGCAUUUUGUUGGUGUCGGAAGCGGAAACACGUCAGGGUGUCCACUACAAUCCUAUUUCCGAGCCCAACCUGGACGGCGGCGUUUACCUCUGCUCUGCUGCAGCUGUAUUUGACUCUCGCAUCGCCUCCAGGCCCUGGCGUUCACAUGGUGUCUAAGUGGAGCACUUUGGCUGAUCUUUCCUUUUCUCCUGACUCUAAUUGAUGAGGGCGACACUCUCCAACAGCAGGAUCUCUACGGAGGUUUUUGCUGAUGAUUCAAAGGCUUGAAAGUUCAUUUUUCUGUCCUGACUGGUCUGUAUUCUGUCAAUAUUUUAUAUAUUUGUCUGAAUCCAAAUAAGGAUCAUAAACAGCGACAUAAACUGGGUUAUUUUUGUGUAAAAUGUUAACUGCAGGAAAAACUGAAAUAUGUGUAUCCUUUUCAUAACCAACUUGAUUGGCACAAGAAAUAAAACUUUAUUGUACCUCUGGGGAAAUUACAGACAUUCUUAUACGGGCUAGAAGGGCUUUACACUCACGUUGUUUAUGUAACGUUUAUUGCAAAUAUUUUAGCCGGACUUAUUCUGUGUGUGUGUUACUUUGAGACGCCCUCAUGUGUUUUGGUUAGAGGUUAAAUUCCACGGUCAGAUGGCUUGAAUCAGUAGCCUAACGAAGCAGCGCUGAAACCUUUUCGGUGCCCCUGAGAGGAAUGCUCGUCCUGUUACGUCCUGUUCCUUCUUCAUACAGUGCAGCUUUAAUGCCACUAAGAUUUAAUUUGUUCCAAAUCAAAGAGACGACCCCAAACAGCGUAAAAGCCACAAUAAAAUGAUUUUCUGUACUGUUACAAUUAUUGUAAAGAUCUAAUAUUUUAAACUGCAAAUCAAAGUACAAUAAAAUUAUGUUUUAGUUGUUUUUUUUUCCUGAAAAUUGUGAUAGGACAAAAUCUACUUCUUUUUUAUUUUUUGGUGCUAAUUUAAAUUUUUAAAUGUAUUUUAAAAAUAAAUCAAACCCAUUAUUUUUAACAAAAAGAAAAUGUUGAGAAAUCCAGAACUGCUAUUAUUGAUAAAACAUAUUGACCAACAAUGCAGGAAAUUUAAAUCAAACAGAACACUACAUUUAAAAAAGAAAAACAAAAGUAUUUCUCAAAAUAUUUUUCUUACCAUAUUUUUUUUUUUUUAAUUCCACUGAGAUACGUCAAACCUGCCUGCCAGAUGUUUGCUUUUAGGGGCCUUUUCAUUCCAGGCCAAACAAGAAACAGCUCCAAAGACGAUUUUUUUUCUUUUUUCUUAAAUCUGUUCAUCUCUUCAUGCAGAGACAAUAAAGCUCAUCUGCUCUGGGAUCUACUUUAAGCUCUGGGAUAACAUGGAGUUCACAUAUUUUCCUAUGGAAGUGUCCGUGCUACUGAAUGUGAAGUGAAUCAGUUAUCUGGUCUUUGGAUUUUUAACAAGCAGACAAAAAAAGGAUGAUAAUUACAAUCCAAAUAGGCAGAGUAAAAUCAAGUCCAAUUGUGUAUCCAUUUUUAACGGGUUAUUUAGCAUUUUUGCUGCAAAUUUUAAAAGUUUUCACAUUUAUCUAUUUUUUUGAGGAGCAACGUUUGAGCACAAAAUUGGUCAAAAAGUUGCAUUUUAAAACAUCUUUCUGAGGUAUUAAAAAUACACUUUAAAUUUAAUGUUGAUUUAUUUCAGCUAAGUAAAAUUAACCCCGAUAGCAAAUAAAAAAAAGAAAAAAAAA